AUGGUUGCCGCUGAUGUUCGUCGCCCAGGUAAUGAUACACCUCAUCCUGAUCACAAUGCUUGUUCCACUGACCAGAAAGCUACUCGUGGUAGUCAAAAAGCUACACGUAGCUGUCAGAAAGCUGCUCGUGGUGAUCAGAUAGCUGCUCGUAGCGAUCAAAAAGCUGCUCGUAGCGAUGGAAAAGCUGCUCAUAGCGAUCAAAAAGCUGCUCGUAGCGAUGGAAAAGCUGCUCAUAGCGAUGGAAAAGCUGCUCGUAACGAUCAAAAAGCUGCGCGUGGUAGUCAGAAAGCUGCUCGCGAUGAUCAGAAAGCUGCUCCUGGUGAUCAGAAAGCUCCUCGUAGCGGUCAGAAAGCUGCUCGUAGCGAUCAAAAAGCUGCUCGUAACGAUCAAAAAGCUGCUCGUGAUAAUCAGAAAGCUGCUCCUGGUGAUCAGAAAGCUGCUCCUGGUGGUCAGAAAGCUGCUCCUAGCGGUCAGAAAGCUGCUCGUAGCGGUCAGAAAGCUGAUUUUGUUAGUCAGAAACCUCCCCGUCACGGCCAAAAGGUUCCUCAGCAGGCCCAUGCAGCUACUACUGGUCUGCCGGCAUCUAUCCAUUCGACAUGUGAUCUCCCACAACGCUAG